AGAGCUCGAGCUUUGGCAUCAGGCCCGGUUUUCUCAGCCUUCACCCCACAGUCUAUUCUGAGGAGCAGCCUACGUCCCACUCCUGUGGCCACCCCUUCUGCCUCCCCGGGCCGAUCAGUCACUCCUCCUUUCCGCUCCAAAGAGAGCCGAAUUACCUUCAUAGAGGAGGCUGAUUCUCUGGAAUCUCCCAAGGGCUUUGUCCACUGGAACAAUGGGAUUGCGAUUAACAGGGAACUUAAUACACCUAAGAGAUCUUCUCCACCUCCUAAAGCAAGUUUUGCAGCCUGGAGUGAACAUUCAGAUGCUGAAGAGGAAGAAGCAGAUCUAAAGAGGACGUACAUGUCCUCACUGGAAGAGAAAGAAAAUCCUGAUGUAGAAUCUCACAGUGGAUCCUCUGUCAAAGAGAUCCCUGCAACGGAAUCCAAACAAGUGCUUCCCACUCUUGUGCGACGACCUAGUCUGGGGCAGGAAGCAAGUCUUGUGUCCAAUCAGUCAGAUACAACUCUUGAGUUUCAUGAUGCUCCUGAGGAUUUUAUGGCAACACAGGCAAACAGCAGUGUGGAUCGGGAGGUGACCGUAAGACUUCCAGACACUUCAGAGGAAUGUGAGCCUCCUGUAGAAGACAACACAACGGCAGAAUUAUGCUUGGUUAAGCUACCCGAGGAAGAGCUGAAAAUACCUCAUGAAAGCAAUACAGAGGAAGACUCGUCCCAUGGAAAGACACCUUCAGAUGCACAUGAAGCCCAAAGUAGGAGAGGAAAGCUUGAGGUGCAUGUCGAUAUUGAGAACGAUCAUGUGAGGCAAGUAAUUGAGGAGGAGCUUGAGGAAACUUCAGAAGCUCAUGUUCUCAAGCCGGAUGUAGUUACGGAGCCAAAGCUUGUUGUUCCAGUUCAGGAACAAAGCUCAGAAUCUUUGGCUGAUCAGGAAAUCCAGGAUCUUAUAGAAGAAAAUGCUGCUUAUGACACUAUUGAUGAACCAGAUGUCACCAAUAUAUCAGAGGCAGUACCAGAACAGCUAGUUUGUGAGGCUUCUGUAUCUGAGAUUCCAGCGGUUGAGUUGGUGAAACACAAACAAAUGACUAGUGAACCUGAGAUUAAUGAAGAAUGUAAAGAGGAAUCUAUGGAAACAUCAGAUUUGGAUGCCUUUGUGGAACAGCAUUUAUUUGGCCCAGAUCGGUCUCCAACUUUAAACCGGUCCAGUAUUAGAGAGGGAUCACUCAAAGAACCAGGUAGUGACAUUAAGGAAGUGCCGCCCACUUCUGAGAAUGCAGCAGAUCUGAAAACACAGACAUCAGAGCCUGCUAUCUCAGAGUCCAGAUCUGUAGUGAGCUUGAAUGACACUGAUGAGCUCUCCAGUGCUGAAUCGUCAGAGGAUGAAGAAGAGUCUGAAGAUGAGAAGGUGGAGGACUCAGGUAGUGAGGUUGAGAUCAUAGAUGAAGUAAAGGGUAAUGGCAGCAGUAACCACCGGCCUGCUCCUGCUCUUUACAUGGAGGAACCCCCACUGCAUGAACAGUACCUUCAGGAACAAGCCAAUGCUGUGCUGUCACUGGUUACACCUGAGGCUCAUCUGAAAGUUCAAGACACUGACAUCCCAGAGGAAGAAGGUGAAGUUGUAAUGGUUGGCCUUGCCCCUGCAGAUCUAGACGAGGAAGAUGCAAUGUGUUAUACUGAGCUUAAGCCAUCCACCACUCUCCUGGUACCCGUAGAGCUGGCUACGGAGCAGGAUACACAUCUUGUAGAUGGAGGAACUUUACAGAACCUCAGCAGUGCACCGGAUGGUACAAUGCCAGAAGAGUCUGAUGGCUUCACGCUCAUGCUUGAUCCAGAUGUAGAGGAACUGCCUGAUGUUUCAGAGUUGGACCACAAUGCAGCAUUGCUACCUCUACAUGAACCAGAACAACCUCAGGAUGUGGAGAAUCAGCUCACAACUAACUCUGAUGUUGUCAUCUUGGAGCAUAUGGUUCAAGUUCCAGACAACAGAUUGGAAGACAUAAAAGACUUGGUAUCUGACAUUGAACCUGUUGUCAUGGGUGCUCCUAAAAUCGAAGACCAACCAGCUGAGGUCCUCCAGAUGGUGGAACAAAUAGUCACACCAGAAGCAGAAUCUUCUCUUCAAGAAACAAAAGAUCUUUCAAAUGGUGAUGGGAUAGAAUCUGGUCCUUGUGAGAUGCAGGAAGAAGCACAUACUCCUCUUCAUGGGGAAGUGUUGGAGUCUUCUCUGCCAGAGAAAGUCUUGCCUUCAGAAGAUGUUUUAGGGAUGGUCAAUGAAGUUACUAAAUUGGACACAGAGGUGUCAGCCGCUGCAAAAGAUAAAAUAACUGAGUCUAACCAAAUAGACACUACACUCUUAUUGGAUGGAGAAGUUGAGGAACUUUCCACAACCAAACAAAUGGGAAGGCCAAAGUCACCAGGAAGGCCAAAGUCACCAGGAAGAACCAAGUCACCUUCAAGAACAAAAGCUGAAAGAUCUGGAAAAGCUACUGAGGAAGUUCUUGAGAAUAUUAAAGAGGCUCAGCACAGUCCAUCACGGAGAACUAGGAAAACCGUAACAUUCCCUUUACCUAUCCUUGAUGGAGAGAAAGAUCUUACUGAAGAGGAGCAAAUGGAUUCUCAAGUACCUUCAACACCAAGACGCAUUACAAGGAGUGGCAAACAGCUCCAAGAUUAUCAAGUUCCUGUUACACCCAGAAGAAGCACAAGAAAAGCAGGUUCGGAACAGCAUGCUAAUGAGAAUGACCAAGACAUGCCUUCUGAGAAAGUAUCAAAGCCUGCAAGUCCGGCACGAAAGACCCCACAGAAAGCAACACCUAGGAAAGGAUCUCGACGAACCAGAAGCACAGUUGUUGAUGAUGAUGAUGAUGAGGCCCUGUCCACUGUUCCUGUUGCCAGUGAUGACUCAGAAACGCAGACCAGGCACAGUACCAGAAAAUCCCAAGCACCAAGUGUUGAAGUUCCAGAAGCUCAUCAAGAAGUCCCAGAGGAGACGAUACAGCCAGCCAAAACACAUAGUAGCCCUAGUAGGGUUACACGCAAGUCUACCAGAGGACUAGCGUUAGAAAGUUUCCAACAAGAUCCUGCAGAAGAAGCCACUAUCCUAAAUCAACCUCUUAGAACUCCUCCAAGAAGCAGGAAGAAGACCGUGGCCAGCACUGCAGAAAAAGUGAACAAUGCAACCUUUAUUAUUGACGAUGCACAACUUCAGAGUGUUUCAAGAAGACUUACGAGAAGCCGGCACUGGAAUCAAGGUGAAGAUCUUGAUAAAGAAAGACCCGAUUUGACUCCUUUAAAAGUGGAGACUGAAGCGUCCCAAACUGAUGCCCUUUUACAGCGACUUAAAGAUGAAGAAUCAAGGGAGGAGACUGUUCCUGUUGUAACUGAAAUUAUACGUGCCAAGAGAAGACCUACUAGAUCUGCAGCACCUCCUUCACAGAAUGAAACCAAAAUGGCAGACAUUGAAGAAUCAACAUUGGCAGUGUCCAAUGAAAUACAGGAACAUGCAAGCAAGUCACUUGCAAGUGCUAGACGUACACGAGUGAGCAAGGUAGCAGAACAAAACUCUACGGCUGUCAAUGAUUCAGUUACUCCCAUAGCUGAUUUGAAAAGAACAAGAGGAAGGAGAAAAGAAACUGUUGUGCGAAAUGAAGUUGAACUUCCAGAGGUUUUGUUGUCAUCUUCAGUGCCUCAAACCCAUAGCUCAGGAGGUGAAGGUGAUUCUCAUUCCAAAGAGGACAAUGGCCCUCUAGAUGAUGUUGCAGUUGAAACUGAGGUUGUCAAACCCAGAAAGAAGAGGACAACCAGAGCAAAAGCUGUUCCAGAACCUCCACCUCCCGUUGAGAUCAGUUUCCUCUCUCCCCUCGCCAGUCCGGCUAAACCGAUCGCCAAAACUGAGAAGAGAACAGAAGAAAAGGAAACCCCUUCCCUGAGGAUGAACCUACGUCGCAAACGCAUGAUGGAUGCCAUUUUUCCUAAACCUGUAACGAGGAGGAAGAAGCUUUGAUUGUGAAUCGUUUAAUCUGGACUCAUUUCCCAAUUUUAUUUCUUUUUUCUGCUCUCCUUUUUUCAUAAGAGCUCUGCAACCUGCUGUUUUCUAAUUAAGAUGAUCAGUGGAUAAUGUUUGGAAUAAAUAAACCUCUAAUUUGGGAUAAAUAAUUUUGUAUAAUAAAUUAUGCCGUUUACCGUAAGGAGCACUGAGGGACUUGAGCACCAAAAAAGAAAGGUUUAGUUUUUAAAUGUGUUUCUACUAAUUGAUGCCAAUGUAAAUAGCCUUUUAGCCAUGUUAUAAAUAAAAUUUGAUACUUGUGAA